CAAACACAGACCUAGUUUAUAUGACUGCAGAAUUUAUAGAGACACAUUUCUAUAACUGCAGUAACAGAUGUGAUGGGGAGGGGGAGAGAGAUUAGUGGUGCUUUAAUGAUUUGAAAGCACUUGAUCUUAAAGCUGAUGGGGAGGGGGUUAAACCAGCAGCACUACACGUAUCAGAAUAUAGACACAGAUACGCACGUCAACAUGUGAGAGUACUACUAGAGGAAAACAAACGUAGACAUCGUCUUACUGUUAACUUGGAGCCCUAACCAGAACAUAACAAUAACCCAGUUAAUGCCUUUUGAUUCUUGACACACAGUUGUUAUGAGGUUUGUGAGUAUGGGUGUCCGUGUUCGGAGGACUGCUGAAACCGCAGAACCAAAAACAGAACAUGAGUCCCAUCCCUCUCAUCCACCAACCCAUCAUGAUUAUGAAAACAUGAAGAACAAGUUUAUGAAUGAGCUGAAACAUCUUCAUAUGCCAGUGUGGGCCGUAAGUGCCAUAGUGCUGGUCGUUCUAGCCCUCGUGGUUUGCUUUACAUACUGCAUGUUCAGGAAAUGCUUUGGCAAGAAGAAGAAAUCCAAGAAAGAUCGGGAGAGGAAGAGAGCAGGGAGAAGAAGAACAGAAGGGACAAUAGGAGAAGUUGAGGGAGAACGAAAGGAGGAAGGAGAGAAAAAAGAGGGAGCAGAGGAAAAAGAGCAUCAAGAGAACUUUGGAAAACUGGAAUUCUCUUUGGAUUACAACUUCACUGAUGCUCAGCUGAUAGUUGGAGUUCUGCAGGCCCAAGAUCUUGCUGCUAUGGACAUUGGUGGCACAUCUGAUCCAUAUGUGAAAGUUUAUCUGCUCCCUGACAAGAAGAAGAAGUUUGAGACCAAAGUCCAGCGCAAAAACCUCUGCCCUGUGUUCAACGAGACUUUUAUUUUCAAGAUUCCUUAUGCUGAACUGGGUGGUAAAACUCUAGUGCUCCAGGUGUUUGAUUUUGACCGGUUUGGUAAACACGAUGUGAUUGGCCAGAUAAAGAUCCCCAUGAACAGCGUGGAUCUCGCACAGCCGCUUCACGAAUGGAGAGAUCUUGAAAAUGGAGAAAAGGAGGAGGAGAAACUUGGUGAUGUGUGUAUUUCUUUGCGUUAUGUGCCCACUGCUGGCAAACUCACAGUCAACAUAAUGGAGGCCAAAAAUCUUAAGAAAAUGGAUGUCGGAGGUUUAUCAGAUCCCUAUGUGAAGAUUGUAUUACAGCAUAAUGGAAAGCGUUUAAAGAAGAAGAAAACUACAGUUAAGAAGAACACAUUAAACCCUUACUUCAAUGAGAGCUUUAGCUUUGAGGUCCCAUUUGAACAGAUUCAGAAAGUCCAACUUCUCAUCACUGUAUAUGACUAUGACAAGCUGGGCAGCAAUGACCCCAUUGGCAAAACCUUAAUUGGUUACGGUGCCACAGGUGUUGGCUUACGCCACUGGUCAGAAAUGCUGGCCAAUCCCAGGCGUCCAGUAGCCCAGUGGCACGUUCUCCAGACAGAAGAAGAGGUGGAUCAUGCUCUAAAGGCACCACAUCGCUAACCAUUGCCAUGAUGACAAGUAGCGCAUAUUCCCUAUAUUCAGAGCUGACAAUAAAACAUCCACUCACUGUCUAACUUUAAAGGAUUGGCACUGAUAAACAUUGUGUACUGUAUAUCAGCUAAAUUACCAUGAUUGAUGGUCUUUGUGUUUCAUUUUAAUAGUCUAUAUCUUAUUUCCAAAGUAGUUUGUUUAUGUGUAAAGAUAUUUAUUUGAGUAAUUGCAUGUUUUUUUAUGUUUGGAGGGAAUUUUGUUUCACUUUUUCUUCCAAUGUCGAAAUUACCCUGUGUUUGAAGUAGCAACACAUAUAAACCAGAUGAUGGCAUUUUUUCUUUUUCCUGGACUCAUUAUAGCACAAUAUGCUAUAGAAAGGUAACAUAUCAGAUUGUUUUUUGUACUGUAACAUUAGCACAGGUAACAGAUUCAAUAACAAUAGAAAUGAAGAAAAAGACAUUUUGACUGUACAAAAGAAAAUACUUUUCAAAAUAAAAAUGUUAAUUAUUUCCCUGUAAAAAUUAUUUAAUUUUAUUUGUUAAGACAAACCUUAAUAUGAAGAAAAGUUAUAUCCAUGUGUGUCCAAAAAAUGUAGUUGUCACUCAUUAAGUGUGAAGCAGAAUGGUUUAUUAACACAUUAGUGGUUAAGAAAUGUGACAUUACAAGAGAAGUAUUCGUAUGCUUCAGCUACACAAGCAAAAGUAUCAAAUAAUAAAGGUAAGAUUUUUAUAGUGAAGUAGAACCUUUACAAGUCUAUGAAGCAAUGACUAAAAUAAUACAAUCUGAGCAAUGAAGAGAAAGCAUUUCAGAAACCUUGGAUGAAUGUUUGUGCUCUACAGUAUGUAAUAGCAGUGAAUUAUAUAUAUUUAAGUCAAGAUCAGGAGUUUCUUUUGGCAAUAGCUGUCAUGCAAUUCAUAUUUAUUUUGUUUCUUAUGUGUUUUUAUUUUAUAGCUGACAGGGCAAUAGCUCACCAGUCAUUGGUCCAUUACAACACUACCACACACAUCCACUAGGGGACGUACAAAUGUUACACAAACAGUAGUUGGGUUAAGAGCUUUGUUGCCUUUUGUUGAACUUUCUGCAAGCCUGCAUUGCUUUCCUGUAAUUUAUGAGAAUAAUUUCCUUCUUUAUUUGUAAAUUUUGCAAAU